AUGAGCUGGUGGUGGGCGGGAGCUGUUGGCGCCGCUAAGAAAAAGUUGGAAGGAGCUGAUGCGUCAGCACCAGAAGGCUACCAAAGCGUGGCGCUAGUGAUCGGCGUAACGGGCAUCGUGGGCAACAGCCUGGCGGAGAUCCUCCCGCUCCACGACACGCCCGGCGGUCCCUGGAAGGUGUACGGCGUCGCGCGCCGUCCCCGCCCAGAUUGGAGCGUUGACCACCCCGUUGACUACAUCCAAUGCGACAUCUCGGACCCGGAAGACACCAAAGCCAAGCUCUCCGAAUUAACCGACGUCACCCACAUCUUCUACGUGACGUGGACCAGCAGAGCCAAUGAGAUCGAGAAUUGCGAGGCCAACGGCGCAAUGUUCCGCAACCUCCUACGUGUCGUGAUCCCAGUGGCUCCUAAUCUCCGCCACGUCAGCCUCCAAACCGGCACCAAACACUACCUUGGGCCGUUCGAGUGCAUUGGCAAGAUUAAAGCCCAUGACCCGCCUUUCACCGAGGACCUGCCGAGGCUGGACGUGCCCAAUUUUUACUACACUUUGGAGGACAUAUUGUUAGAAGAGGUCCAGAAAAAAGAGGGCCUGACUUGGUCCGUCCACAGGCCCUACAACAUUUUUGGGUUUUCUCCUCACAGCUUGAUGAACAUAAUUGGGACGCUUUGUGUCUACGCUGCUAUAUGCAAGCAAGAGGGCAAACCCCUGAAGUUUCCCGGCAGCAAAGUGGCUUGGGAGUGUUAUGCGAUGGCCUCGGACGCUGACCUGAUAGCGGAGCAGCACAUAUGGGCGGCGGUGGACCCGAAUGCCGCAAACGAAGCGUUUAAUAUAAACAAUGGGGAUGUGUUUAAGUGGAAGCAGUUUUGGAAGGGGUUGGCGGAGCAGUUUGGGAUUGAGGAGCAUGGGUUUUAUGAGGAGGAGGGUGAGGGGAGGUUGAGCUUGGUGGAGAUGAUGAAGGGGAAGGAGGGCGUGUGGGAGGAGAUUGUGAAGGAGAAUGAGCUGCAGCCUACGAAGCUGGAGGAGGUUGGGGUGUGGUGGUUUGCUGACUAUGUGUUGGGCGGGGAGGCUGUUUUGGACAGUAUGAAUAAGAGCAAGGAGCAUGGGUUUUUGGGGUUUAGGAACUCCUACAAGUCUUUCAUUUCAUGGAUUGAGAAGAUGAAAUCUUACAAGAUUGUACCAUGA